GCCCGCGGAGCGGCGCGGGGCAGCGCGGCCCGCCGGCACUCGGCUGGCAUGAGGAACCUGCCGAUCCUCCUCCUUCUCUCCCUCAGCUGGAACCUGCGGCGGGUGAUUGGUGUCCAUCCAGAAUGCAGAUUUCAGCUGGAGAUUCACAAGGAGGAAACAAAAUGCAUGGAACUUUUAAAGCAUGCAAAACCAGUGGACUACAAAGGAUGUGUUGGAGUUUGGGAUAACAUCACCUGUUGGCGUCCUGCAAAAGUUGGAGAGACUGUCACUGUCCCUUGCCCAAAAAUAUUUAGCCUUUUUUCUGGAAAACCAGGAAAUAUUAGCAAAAAUUGUACCAGUAAUGGAUGGUCAGAUAUUUUUCCUGACAUCUUAAGUACUUGUGGAUAUAAUGACUAUGAGGAUGAUUAUAAGGUCAACUUCUAUGUAAGAGUGAAGGCAAUUUAUACCCUUGGUCACAGCGUAUCUCUGAUUGCUCUCACAACAGGAAGUAUAAUUCUUUGCCUUUUCAGAAAACUUCAUUGCACUCGGAACUACAUCCAUCUGAACCUGUUCCUCUCCUUCAUUCUAAGAGCAAUCUCUGUUUUAGUCAAGGAUGAUAUUCUCUACUCCAGCUCCAACACAGCUCACUGUCCAGAGGACCAAACAUCAUGGGUGGGCUGCAAAGCUAUUCUAGUGUUUUUCCAGUACGGUGUUAUGGCAAACUUUUACUGGCUAUUGGUUGAAGGACUUUACCUCCACAUCCUCCUUGUGUUAAUAUUCUCCCCCAACAGACACUUCACAGUCUAUCUGCUGAUUGGAUGGGGAAUUCCUACCAUAUUCAUUAUUACAUGGACAGUGACACGGAUUAUUUUAGAGGACACUGGUUGCUGGGAUACAAAUGAGCAUGGUGGUCCUUGGUGGGUUAUACGAAUACCAAUUUUAAUUUCUAUUAUAGUGAAUUUUAUACUUUUCAUCAGUAUUAUAAGAAUUUUACUCCAGAAGUUAAGAUCACCAGAUGUUGGAGGGAAUGACCAGUCACAGUACAAGAGACUUGCAAAAUCCACGUUGUUGCUUAUUCCAUUAUUUGGAGUUCACUACACAGUGUUUGCUCUGUUUCCUGACCGCAGUUCCAACAAUUACAAAAUAAUUUUUGAGUUGUGUUUGGGAUCUUUUCAGGGAUUGAUUGUUGCAGUCCUGUAUUGUUUUUUGAACAGUGAGGUACAAGGAGAGCUGAAAAGAAAAUGGCGGAGUUUGUGCUGGAAGCAGACAGCUGGCAGAGACUACAGACUGCACAGCUCCAUUUCUCGAAAUGGAUCAGAAAGUGUUUCUCAGCUCCAUCGGAAUUCAAGGGCUCAGUCAUUCAUGCAGACAGAGACCACCAUGAUAUAAGUCAGUUAGGUUCCCAAAACGUGCAAAAACUGUGGGAUACAUUUGUUAUAUGCAGCUUGAUGUGGUAUUUUUAAAAAUGUACAGUUUAUUGCUUGGCUUUUCUAUAUGUUGGUACUUGGGAAAUUGAUUUGUGCAGUCAACCAGGUAAUAACAAAGACACCUGCCCCAUGGAUGCUUUCUGUUCUGUUCUUUAGUGCCAUUCAUACUAGUUUUUAUGUUAUCUUGCAAUGUAUUAGCCAUAACUAUUCAAAAACUCAUUUACUAUGAAGGUCCCUUUUGCCUCCAGCCUGUCUGUGAAACAGAUAUGUGGGAUCCCAUUUAAUGUAGGCUGCUUUGUUACCUGAUGAAAAGGUUAUGACGGGAAGCAGAAAAAAUUCUUAAACUAUAUUUAUAGGUAAUACUUCUUUCCUGAAGGAUUAGGAAAUUCAUUCCUAAUUAUGGAAAACAAAUGAAAAAUAAAGAAAUGUGAGGUUAUAAUUAACCACAUUGGGAGCUUAGUGUGCUAAUCCAGGAAAUGAUUAACUUUUCACAGAGAGGAAAAAAAAAAGAAGUAAGGCUUAUUAGCUAAUCAUAUGAAUUGCUAAGGCUAAUUUCUACAAUGUGAUUCCUAUCCUGUUGUCCCCUUUGAAAGUGUAUGGUUUUUUAUGUUUUGGUGCCUUUGCAGUCCAAGGCUUUUGUAAUUGUUUUGAUUAAAACAUCAGCAUUUGCCAGUAGUGCCGUUCUAAUCACCAGUUGUACUUUUCUGUUUAAAAUCAAAGAGAUUUGUGUUGAUAUUUUAUUAAACAAUUUUCUGAAGAGGUGCUUUAUUGUUAGAGCAGUCUAUCAUAAGAUAAACAGCCUUGGAGAGCGUUACCCAUUGAAAAUAUCAUUUUUAUUUAAUAUUUUCAUUGAAUUGUAUCUCUAGAACUACAUACUUGGCAGCUGAAACAAAAAAUACUGCAAUAACGUUAGAACGCCCAUUUAAGAAAUAAUAUAAGUUCUCCUAGAUUGAUUCUACUCUGUAUCUAUCUGAGCUGAUUUAAAAUUCAGUUGUGGCCAUGAUUCAAAAAAAAAAAAAAAGAAAAAUUAAAUGCAAUCCCUAAAAAUGACCAUAAAAGGCAUAAAUAGAAGGAAUUCUCAGCAACACCAAGCCUCCUGUGCAGCCACUUUGUAAAAAAAAAAGAUCUGACAAGUUCUUAUAAAUACACAUGGAACAUUUGCGGUUUUAAAAGAAAUAAACCCAGUGAUGCUUAUUUCUCAUGUUAUGUUUAACCACGUCCACUGUAAAUGACACGUUUUGCAUGAGUGUUGUUGAGUCAUAACAGCAAUUGCCCUGAUAUGUCAGAUGAUCGAUCAUAUUAAGCCAGCAGAAAACAAGGUCAGUAAUAUUGCCAGGGAAAGGGAAGAAUAGUGGCAAGGGCAUGUCUUGGCAGGCUUUCAUGUACACUCCUGGAAAUAUUAGUGGGAAUACUGUUGGCAGUCAUCAGAGUGCCUGUACACCUCUUCUUCUGAUUUAAUUUAGCUAUUUAUUGGUCAAACACAAUGUAUUGUAAUGGAAUUACCCUGGAGUGAUACAUAGUUCUGUCAGAUCAAAGACAGGAAUGUCCCAAGACUGCCCCAUGGGCAGCACUCAUCAGUGUUGCAUGACAGCAACCCUCACUGUGCUUUAUGCAACCAUUUUCAUGUCUGUAAAGACCCAGAGGGCACUGUUCUUACUUAUUUCUACUUCCAGAAAAUUCCCACAUCCAAAUAACUUUAUACAAAUUUUGAGCAUCAUUCCAUGAGCGUGGAACUUGACUUCCAUCUGCCUUUUCACACAAAAGUGCACAGUAUGCUAAAAUGUAUUCAAAAACUGAAAAUCAGUUUGACGAAUCUAGUACUUGCUCAAUGUUUCACAUCCCUACAGUGCACUGAAAUAGCUUUGUCUUGCAUUAGAUUUUACACAGCUGUGGAGUCAAAUGGUCCUGCUGGUGACUCUUCAGAGCCAAAAGGACAAUGCAAGAAAACAUUUGACUCUGUCAUCCCUGAAUGUAGUUUGUAUUCAGUCUUAGCAGCUUCAGGGGAGGAGGUGGAUGAAGCAAUGCAGGUGUGCUCUGCCCAUGUAGCCUUGUGACUUAGCUCUCCUCCUCUUCAUUCCUUUACUGCCUUUCUCACUUUGGUUGCAUCAGGAUCCAAACUGAGUCAUAAAGGCUUCAAAGCAGGAAACCUGCUGGAUUGUAUUCCCACUGAAAAGCCAGUAGCACACCAUGUUAACUAAACAAGAAUGCUGACAAGAUUCUCUCUUGUACUGUACUCAGUGGCUGUGCUUUAUUGCCUUGGAGCCAGAUAGGCAACGCCAUUCAUUGAGUGAUUUUUGCCACAUUACCUGCUGCUGAUGCCUGAGGGACACAUGGACAAAUUACUUUCUAGUUGCCGAUGGUGAUCAGAAUCUAACUAUAUAAAGUUAACUUACAUUUUCCUCUUCAGAGAUGAUGAUUUUAGCUAGGCUCUUGAUAACUUUAGGUGAAAUUUAUCUACCCUUAUUUAUCCCUCAAAAGCCAAAUGCCUGUUCUUCAGCUAAAGACUCGUUUUAAGUGCCUUCCGUAUUGGCCAUAAAGAAGUAGGUGCUAGUUGUAGACGAUUCAUCCCAUGUUCUGCUGUGCAUCUAGGGCACAUAAACUGAAUCAUGUUUUUUUUUUCCUGUAUUUACUAUAAAAUGAGCUGAGGGUAGGUUAGGGCGCAGUAGAAUAGAAUACAAACGAAAUGAACAGAAACUUAAGAUUUCUCACCCUAUGUCUGCAAUUCUCUUCUCCAGAAGAGUCUGUUCAGUUGUGUUGCCAACAAAUAACUAAAUACUCUCUUUUAAGCCACGUAAGCUGAUUGACAAAACUUAUCCUCCCAUAAAUGCUCACAUGAAGGCAAUGAAGGAUCCCUACCUAGUCCAUUCAGUGGGAUGUCCCUGUGGUUGACUGCCCUCCACGAUAAACCCAACAGCCUCAUGACCGAUACUGAUUUGCCUGGGAUCAACUUUCAGCAGUUUUUUUUUUAGGUGUUUGCCUUUUUAUAUUUUUAGAUGGGUCAUACAAUAAAACAAAGUGCUCGUGGCUAUGAGAAAUUUUCUUUAAGUGAAAUCUUUUGAAUCACACUUAAAAACCAUCUUAAUUUCCUGAGAAACUAAAAAUGUCAGAUCUCUAAAACUCUAAGUACAACUCUGAGCAUUUUCUCAAAUGAAUUUUCCUGUUUCUCUUCUGUGCCUCAUUCAAAUUUAGGAUAUUUUCAUUCACAGAAGAUGGAACAUUGCAGUGUAUCCCUUCAGGAAGGCGUAGAGCAUUGACCACAUUUCUCACUCCCACUCAGAGUUGACAUGGCCAUUCCGUUAUCUGUGCAGUCAUUUCAGCUGCUGACCAGGAGCUGAUUAAUGACAUGAAAUGAUAAUACAACUGGCCACUGAGAGCAGUGCUGGUUUCCAUGAAAUGCUGUGUUUGACGUGUUUAAGUAGCUUCUCCAUGAAUACCAUGCUGGAGUGCACUAGGGCCCAACAGACUGCACCAAAGUGGUGAUGUGUGCUGCAUGUAGCACCUGAGGAACUACCCAGUUUAAGCACGUGCUGGGACUGUACUGUAGUGUUAAUAACUUGCUAGCCACAAAAAGUGACAGUUUAAAAAGCCUUCUAAAGCCAAGUCAGAGGCAGCUUGCCCCAUUGUGUAGCACUUGACAUCCUGACACACCCCAGACAGGUUUCCCUCUGCCUUUAACAUGAUGAAGGGGAAAGCUGAGUGCCUCAGCAAACUGUGCAGUCUGCCUGACGGCGUGUGAAAUAAGUCAUUGCCGAGUGCACACACCUCACACACCAAGCAUGAGUCAUUGCUAUUAUUUGUCUCCUGUUCUUGUGAGUGCUAAAAAACUUACCCUGUUGGUACUGAAUUUGUCCAUUUCAGCAAAGUGAUUGUGCAUAAAGCCCAAACUCAUUACUGCAGGGUUUUUUUGUUUUUUUUUUUUAGACAAUUUUAAUGAAAAUUAAACAUUAAAUAUGUCUGAUAAAAAAGUACAACCAGAAAGUAGCCUGUAGAGAAAGCUAAUUUGUGUGUUAGGGUUGCUGUCUGUGCAGAGUAAUACAGGAAAUACUUUUACAAGCAAAAGUUCCUUCACAUUGCCAUGAGUGCCUAGAUAAGCUGUGGGCUGCCAGUACUACACUGUGACAUAACCAAAUAGCAGCAGGUAGUAUUGAGCAGUACUGUUCUGCUCAAAUGAAGAGUACUGAAACUGUAAUUUCUGACAUCUAUAUUAUAAGAGUAUAUCAACACAUAUCAGUAAACCAGUGUGUCAGCUACUUAAAAAAAGCAUUUUUUGAUAUGAUUCUGUGUUUAACCUGGCUAAUGAUGACAGUAUGUUCAGACCAUUUCCGCUGUCAGCUAAAACAGUGGCUGAAAAGUCCCCAAAUCCUUUGUUCUCCAAAGCACUGAAGUAAAUUUCUCAACCUGCAGCUUUCCCCCCUCCCCUUUCCUGGAGCAUUAGUAUGAGUAUUGCUUUGAAAUUCUCUUUUCUUGUCUUUAUAACUUUUUAUCUGUUGAGUACAGUAAUAAUUAACGAUGAUGUAAAUGAAUGUGAUUAUUUUUUACAAAAUGUACAGAAUAUGAUAAUGUAUAGAUUAAUGCAUGUAAAUAGAUUUCCUUUUCAUACUUUAAUUCACUAUACAUUUCCUCUGGUUUUACUUUCUUGUUUUCAGUGUCACAUACCUAACAGCCUUCUCUGUGAUGUUGUAUAUAAAGCUGUGAUCAAUCAAGCGUUUACAUCUUUAUGCUAUCAGUGAUAAUAGUAAUUAAUAAUAACACCAUGAUGAACUGAAGAGGAGUCAGAAUAAAAAUUUUAAAGAUUUUGCACAGAACUUCUAUAUGUCAAUACCUGUGUGGCUGGCAGCUAUUUUCCAAAUUGCUACAUCUUGCUUAAUUGUGUUGUCUAGGUGUCUUUGAGAAGCACCACAUAACAGACCUACAACAAAAAUAAAGAUUAUGUAGAGGGAAUACUAUAUAUCUUAUCUCCUUAAGGGAAGAAUCUAUUAUACAUCUACAGCGUGUAUUCUUUAGAAAACCAAGUGCACUCAGAAACUAGAUCUUAAAACUAGAAAUGGUUCUCUGGCCUUGGCAGCUAGAGGUUCCUCAGCAGUAGGAGUGAAACUGAACCUUACUGCAGGAAAUGAAAAGCCAAGGCUGCCCCUGCCAUGGGACUGACUCGUGGAGAGGGACGAAGCAGGAGCAGGACUCGGUGCCAGUGAAAGAGGUGAGCUUGCAUAACAGCCACCCCAACAAAGCAUGGAGCUCAGCAGGCAAAAACACCCCACAGGGGUAUAUGGGACAAAUGAUAGCUGUUUUGCCUCAUGGUCCAGGGAGUCUGCUUAUCUGUGGCAUCACAGCAGUUACCGUCAGCAGGAGGGGUCUUCUGACCCUUGAGGGGGCUGAGCUCUCAUCCUUUCCCAGCUCACUGGUACUGUGGUCAGCGUAUCAGUCUGAACCCCUUUGCAUUCAACUAUGCUGGGGAGGAAUCAAGCCCAACUUUUGCUCAGGAAAGGCAGCAGCCUGAGCCCAAAGCUGCAGGUUGCUGCAUAAAGGCAUAGUCUGUGUAUAGCUCCCCACAAUGCUGUGCUUUUAGUAGUGUUUGGGCAGUAACUUAAUGGGGAAAUCCUGGCUUUCAGGGCAAACUCCUGUGCUGCACGUGCUAUUGUGUUAAUGGGAAGGUCCCUACAUGUCCAACCAAAGAAAAUAAAAAUUCUUUAUAAUAGAACAUAAUAGUAUUUAUAACUGACUGCAUUGGAAUAUUUUCAUCUUUUCCUAAUAACAUAGGCUGGGAUAUAUAGUGAUCUAUUUGACAUGAAGUUUAAGUUGAAAUACUGUAUCAAAGCAUUUAAUAAGUAAAUAUAUAUUGAAUCAAACUAGCUAUAUAUUUUUAACAGUCAAAAUAAAGAUUUUUCUAGAUAUAUGUUACAAAAUACAGUCAAUGCCCUGGGUUAUGCAAUUAAAUAUUAAUAUUAGCUUUGGAAAAUAAAAUCAGUGUCAAGCUCUA